AUGGCGCCAGCGUUACGAGUUGAUUACGACAUGAGAGACGAAAAACCGGUUUUGGUUUUGCUUGAAGCUUGUCGCGAAGACAAAGAGACAAAGGAACAUUGGCGGUUGGCGGUGGCUCUCGAAAGUGAUCAACGUCAAGGAUCCUCUGCUGGAACCAAUGGUCUGUCGCUGACAACAGCUUCUUGUUCUAAACGCCAGGUUGACGACGGAGAAGUUUCCAGGAAACGUCAGCCAGGGGGCGGAGCCGCGUCGGGAACGGACGUAGACGGGCAGACGGAGCUGCACUGGGCAGCAGCGAGGGGGGACGUGGACAAAGUGAGGGAGCUGUUGCUCAGGGGAUUCGACCCCCGCGCCAAGGACCAGCGGGGGUGGACGCCCCUCCACACCGCCCUGAUCUCUUCGAACGAGGACGCGGCGGAGCUCCUCGCGGAUGCAGACGGAGCGCUGGACGUCAGGGACGGGAACCUGCACACGCCCCUGCACAUCGCGGCGGAGAGCGGAUGCGAGCGAAUGGCGAGGAAGCUGGUGGCCGCCGGGGCGGACACCCGCCUCCCGGACUGCCGCGGCCGGACGCCCCUCCACCUGGCCCUCAUUUACGAGAAGAGGGCCGUGGCGGAGCUCCUGGCGGAUGCGGACUACGAGAACAAUAUCCCAGAUGCGGACGGGUUCAUCCCGCUACAUUACGCCGUGACGUACGGCAACGUCCACAUAGUGAAGAGGCUGCUGUUUGGCUACGCGGACCCUCACGUGAAGAACGGAAGGGGCAAGUACCCCCUCUACGAAGCCGUGGGCACGGGGAGCGCGCUGGUGAUACUCCAGAUGUACGCGAUGCGCGACUUGGCGAUCAACUGGAAGGAGAUAGGGCUCCCUUCGCGGGCGUACGAGCAGUUCUGCGACUCCCAUCUCGCCGAAUAUCGCGCCGAGAUCGAGAAGAUGAAGUCCACCGGGGUGGGCGGAUCGAGGGUGUCCUACUACGACCUCGCCAGGAGAUCGAGCGGCCAGGUGGCGCUGUAUAUAGCGAACAAAGGAGUCCGGGAGGCUCUGGCAGUCGAGCAGAAGACUCUCGCCAGGGACUUCCCGUAUUAUUUCGAACUGAUCACUUUCAGGGUGCGGCUGGCCGAGGAGAGGAGGGGCCUCUUGGAGCGGUGCCGCCUCUGCUUCACCCUCGUGGGGCGCAAGCUGCCCCCCACGUGCACCGACAUCGUGUUCCUCUGCCUCAGCGUGCGAGACCUGCGAAACGUCUUCUGUGCUUUCAGAACCGAAUGCAAAAGAUUCGGUUAA